AUGGCUCGAGGUUCGGGCUCCUUCAAGAGGGGUGGACGCGGUACCUCUCGUUUCAGCUAUCGAGGCAAUACAUCGUUUCGGGGUGGUAGAGGCCGCGGUAGAGGCCGCGGAGGGGCACCAGCUGAUGCGCAACCACAACGAGAUGAGGACGGAAACCAGCUUGCGGAGCGUUUUGAGCAGGUGAAGACGAACGACGAGGUGGACGAGAAGCUCGGAUUUGCACGAGUCGCUGAGGGUCCCACAAGAGAGGGCUGGUUGAUUAACAUGCACCCGACAUUGAUGAAAGACGCGGACUGGCCUGGAGGCAAAGCCGCUGUCGACUUCUACUUCAUCCAGGACGACGGAGGAAUGUUCAAAUGCACGCUUCAAUACGAGCCGUACUUUUACAUAGCGUGCAAGAGCGGGAUGGAGACAGUUAUCGAAGAAUGGCUCCUGAAGAAAUACGAAGGCAUCAUCUGCCGCAUCACCCGCGAGCGCAAAGAGGACCUCCAGAUGCCGAACCACCUCAUGGGCCACCGCCGCCUCUUCCUCCAGCUCCACUUCCGCAACGUCUCCGACCUCCUCACCGUCCGCUGCGACAUCAUGCCCCUCGCGCUCGCCAACUCGGCCAAGCUCGACGCCGUGGACGCCUACGCCGAGGUCGUUACCGCCACCGCCGCUCCCACGACUAACAUCGAGCUCGAGGGCGAGUGGGCGGCGGACUCCCAGCACGCGGGCUCCUCGACGAGUGCGCACGCUCAUGCACGGUGGGGCGACAAGGACCCGCGCGAGGGCAUCGUCGACAUUCGCGAGUACGACGUGCCGUACUACCUGCGCGUCGCGAUGGACAACGAGAUCCGCGUCGGGCUCUGGUACGCGAUAUCGUUCGUGCAGGGCCAGCCGGCGUUCAAGCUGCUCACGGCGCGGGUGAAGCGUGCGGACCCGGUGGUGAUGGCGUUCGAUAUCGAGACGACGAAGGCGCCGCUGAAGUUUCCGGACCAGGCGAUCGACCAAGUGAUGAUGAUCUCGUACAUGGUCGACGGGCAGGGAUACUUGAUUACCAAUAGGGAGAUCGUAAGCGAGGAUAUCGAAGACUUUGAGUACACCCCGAAGGAGGGGUACGAAGGUCCGUUUAUAGUGUUUAACGAGCCGGACGAGGCUGCGACGAUCCGCCGGUGGUUCUCGCACAUCCAGGAGGUGAAGCCGACGGUGAUGGCGACGUUCAACGGCGACUUCUUCGACUUCCCGUUCCUUGACGCGCGCUCGAAGGUCCACGGGAUCGACAUGUUCCUCGAGUCUGGCUUCGCGAAGGACUCGGAGGACGAGUACAAGAGCAGGGGAUGCGUGCAUAUGGACUGCUUCCGGUGGGUGAAGCGCGAUUCGUACCUCCCGCAAGGCAGCCAGGGCUUGAAGGCGGUGACGACGGCGAAGCUGGGGUACGACCCUAUCGAGCUCGACCCCGAGUUGAUGACGCCGUACGCGAUGGAGCAGCCGCAGGUGCUCGCGCAGUACUCCGUCUCCGAUGCGGUGGCGACAUACUAUCUCUACAUGAAAUACGUGCACCCGUUCAUCUUCUCCCUUUGCAACAUCAUUCCGCUCUGCCCGGACGAGGUCUUGCGGAAAGGCACUGGGACGCUUUGUGAGACGCUUCUCAUGGUGGAAGCGAUCCGAGGGCAGAUUAUCAUGCCGAACCGGCAUGAGGAGUCUCACGGGACGAUGUAUGAAGGACAUCUGGUCGCGUCGGAGACGUAUGUAGGAGGCCACGUCGAGGCUCUGGAGGCGGGCGUGUUCCGAAGUGACAUUGUGACACACUUCAAGAUCGAGCCGUCUGCCGUGCAGCAGCUCAUCGACCAGCUGGACGCGGCGCUCACGUUCUGUAUCGUCGAAGAGUCGAAGGCAUCGCUCGAGUCGGUGACGAACUACGACGAGGUCAAGGCGGAGAUCCAGGCCAAGCUUGAAGAGAUGCGCGAUAACCCGCAGCGCAUGGACAGUCCGCUCAUCUACCACUUGGACGUCGCGGCGAUGUACCCGAACAUCAUGUUGUCGAAUCGACUGCAGCCCGACUCGGUGGUCGACGAGGCGACGUGCGCGGUCUGCGACUUCAACCGGCCGGGCAAGACCUGCGACCGCCGGAUGACGUGGGCGUGGCGUGGGGAGUACUUCCCUGCGCGCAGAGACGAGUAUAACAUGAUCAAGCACGCACUGAACCAGGAGACGUUUCCCCCUAAGAAGCCCGGGGGUCCGCAACGCAAGUUUGUCGACCUUUCUGAGGCGGAGCAGACGGCGCUGCUGCACAAGCGCUUGGGGGACUACUCAAGGCGUGUGUACAAAAAGAUCAAGGACACGAAGAUAGAGAACAGGGAGGCGAUCAUCUGCCAGAGGGAGAAUCCGUUCUACAUCGACACGGUGCGCCGGUUCCGGGACCGGCGUUACGAGUACAAGGGCCUGCACAAGACGUGGAAAAAGAAUCUGGACGCAUACGUGGGGGAGCACCGGUCGAUUGCGGAGGUGGACGAGGCGAAGAAGAUGAUCGUGUUGUACGACUCGCUGCAGCUGGCGCACAAGUGUAUCCUGAACUCGUUUUACGGCUACGUGAUGCGCAAGGGCGCGCGCUGGCACUCGAUGGAGAUGGCGGGCAUAACGUGUCUGACUGGGGCGACGAUCAUCCAGAUGGCGCGGCAGCUCGUCGAGCAGAUUGGUCGGCCGCUGGAGCUGGACACGGACGGGAUCUGGUGCAUGCUGCCCGGGGUGUUUCCGGAGAACUUCAAGUUCAAGCUCGCGAACGGGAAGGCGAUCGCGUUCUCAUACCCGUGCACGAUGCUCAACCACCUCGUCCAUGCGAAGUUCACGAACCACCAGUACCACGAACUGGACCCCGAGACGGGCGAAUAUAAGGUGCACUCGGAAAACUCGAUCUUCUUCGAGCUGGACGGGCCGUACAAGGCGAUGAUCUUGCCGUCGUCGAAGGAGGAGGACAAGCUGCUGAAGAAGCGGUAUGCGGUGUUCAACGACGACGGUUCGCUCGCGGAGCUGAAGGGGUUCGAGGUGAAGCGGCGGGGUGAACUCCAGCUGAUCAAGAUCUUCCAGAGCCAGAUUUUCGAGAAGUUCCUGCUGGGCACGACUCUCGAGGAGUGCUAUGCGGCGGUCGCGGAAGUGGCAGACCGCUGGCUCAACGUCCUCGUCUCCCACGCGGAGGACCUCUCGGACGACGAGCUCGUGGAGCUAAUCGCGGAGAACCGGUCCAUGUCGAAGACGCUCUCCGAGUACGGGGGCCAGAAGUCGACGUCGAUCAGCACGGCGCGGCGCCUCGCCGAGUUCUUGGGUGACCAGAUGGUCAAGGAUAAGGGACUGGCGUGCAAGUUCAUCAUCUCUGCGAAGCCGAUGGGGGCCCCAGUCACUGAACGCGCGGUGCCUGUCGCGAUCUUCUCGGCGGAGGAGAGCGUGAAGCGGACGUAUCUGCGCAAGUGGCUAAAGGACAACUCGCUUACGAGCUUCGAUCUGCGCUCGAUCCUCGACUGGGACUACUACAUUGAGCGCCUGGGCUCGGUCAUCCAGAAGCUCAUCACGAUUCCCGCUGCGAUGCAGAAGGUCGCGAACCCGGUCCCGCGCAUCCACCACCCGGACUGGCUCCACCGCCGCGUUGUCGCGAUGGAGGACAAGUUCCGCCAACAUAAGGUGACGGACUUCUUCAAGCGUGCGGGGGAGGGUGAGUUGGCGCAGACGCAAUCUCAAAGGGAGGACGACGACGUCGAUAUGGAGGAUGGCAUGGCCCAGCGCCCGCGUGGUUUCCGCCCUAUGGCGGUCGUGAAGCGUAAGCCGCGAAGAGAGGAAAGCGCAGAGGCGGAAGAGUCACAGUUUGCGGAGUUACCCCGCGACCCGAAACAGUCCUACCGCUCCUGGCUGCACGUCAUGAGGAAACGGUGGUCAGGUCGUGGGGUCGACAACUCGGACGCUGCUACAAGCCUCGCCGUGCCCGCAAUGUUCCGUGGGGUCCGUCAGAAGCAGAGCACGCACUGGGACAUCGUACAGAUCCGCCCUAAUAGGACGCCAGGACGGUUCACGUUGUGGCUCUCGAUCAAUGGGUCGCUCACGGCCGUCCCACUUAGAAUUCCCCGAGAGUUCUACAUCCACCUUCGGACUCCACCCAAGAAGGAUCAGUUCAACCAUGAGCUGUACCAGUGCCAGAAGGUUGCCAGGAGCAUGCCGCGAGACCGGCCGUGCGUCAACCUCUACAAGAUCUCUGUGCGGGAGGAUCUGUACGUCGAGGGGCACGAACACUUCAUCGACAUCACCAACGACCCGAACGUGGAUGGCGUUUAUGAGCUGCAGUUGCCACUAGUCACGCGCGCGAUUCUGAAGCUGGGCAAGACAUGUUGUAAUGAGGACAAGUCCACGAACCUCACUCGCGCCGAGGCAAUCGGUUUUGAUCUCCAGCAGCUAGGUCGUUCGAACCCCUCUCUGACGAAGAGGAGAUACCUUGAUCAAGGUCGCGCUGGGAAGUAUAUCUUCUUAUACCACGCGUGCGCUGCGAAUGCACCUGUGCACGUCUUUGCUCUCUUCAUACCCGGCGAAGUCGCCAAACUGCACAUAGUCGACCCUGCGACACGUCGACAACCCAUACCUCGUCUCUCCGAACACUAUGCUGAUCUGCUGAGCAAGCACGAGCAAAACGCAGGCGCAAGCCACUCAUACACCUACCCUGAUCAUCUUUCUUUCACUACCACUUACCACGGGAACGAUGCCACGGCGCUCAAGGCGAUCUCCCGCGAGCUGGGUCUCGUCGAGAACCGGUCAUACAUCGUAGUCAUCUCCUCGAGUAAGGAGCAGAGCUAUUUUGACUUACAUACUCCCAAGCUCGCGAAGUUCCCGGUUCUCUCGAUGUCGAAAGCAAAAUCACCGCACUCCUUGGAUGUCUUCCCCUGGCAAACGAGCGUAGCGCAGAAGCUCAUCAACCGCUACCUAUCCCUGGGACCUUGGCUGGACCGGACCAUCGCGAUGGCAGACUAUUACGACGUGCCCGUCGGGCAUAUCGAGGGUGACCAGCCCCUCUUACUAGCCGAUAUCGAGUUCGCCCGCAGGCUGACGAGCCAAGAUGUCAUUCUCUGGUGGUCACCUGGUGAUCGUCCUGACCUAGGUGGCAUCGAAGAGGACAACCGUCCGCAAGAAGAGCUGGCGAAAACUGAAUUCAAGUCGCCAGGGUGCUACUCAAAUGUCUGCCUCGAGAUCGCUGUCCGCAACUUGGCCGUCGAUGCGGUCUUGCACUCGGUCAUCGUGAACGAGUUGGAAGGCAGCGGCGGUGCUACGGCCUUUGACGCGUCUCGGACAUUGGACGAGUACUCCAAGGGCGAGUCCAUGCAGGAUCUCACGCUUGGAGAAUCCAACGUUUCUCCACACAUCUUCAGCAUUCUCAAGGGCUUGGUCAAAGCUUGGAUGGUGGAUAAGAUCCAGGGCAAUUUCGAGAGCCCCGCCACGAUCGCGAUCGACCACUUCUGGAGGUGGAUCAGCUCGACGGCGUCGAACAUGUACGACACGGGCAUCCACCGGUUUGUCCAUGGCCUCAUGCGCAAGACAUUCAUUCAGAUGCUCGCCGAGUUCAAGCGCCUCGGAUCGCACGUUGUCUACGCGGACCUGAGCCGGAUCCUUCUCGUCACGUCCAAACCUCCCGGUACCGCGCACGCCUAUGCCACGUACAUCACGACAGCCGUGACUUCGCACGAGCUCUUCCAACAUGUCUACCUCCACACUGAGCGCUUCUACGACUUCCUCAUCUUCAUGGACGAAGCAAAUUACGGCGCCGUCGUUUGCGAAAAUCCUCUUGCCAUCGAGCCCCCCGAAGAGCUCGCGAUCGAGAUGCGUUGGAACAUUCAGUCCUUCCUUCCCCCCGCCAUCCAGGCCGACUUCCGCGCCGUUGUCCGGUACUUCCUCGUCGAGUUCUUCCGCACCGCACAAAAGAGCCAGGGCGCGACCCGCGUGCCCCUUCGUGCGCUCCAAAAUGGGGGCGCCCCAGACGCAACGCCCCGCGACGCCGCCAAGGUCGAGGAACUCUCCGCAUGCCGGGAGUUCGUCUCCCGCAAGCUCACUCGGCGCAUGCUCCGCGUACUCGGUGGCGUUCUCGACAGGCACCGCGAUGCACUCACAGACGAAGACCCGUCCGCGCUCGCGCAGUGGGAGUUCCCCAUCCUCCCAGGAUCGCACCUGCCCUUAAGCAACCCUGGGCUGGAGCUGGUCAAGUUCACUUGUGCGGUAUUCGCGCUCGCGAAGGAGUACACGCUCGAAGUGGGGCUGCUGAAGCGCAACCUGCUCGACCUCGUCGGCGUGCGCGAGUUCGCGUCCGAGGCCGCGUUCGUCAACCCGUGCGAGCCGCUCAAGCUCUCGGCCGUGCCGUGCCGCCACUGCGACAGCAUGAAGGACUUCGACUUCUGCCGCGACCCCGUCCUCCUCCCCUCUUCUUCCUCCUCCUCCGGCAACGCGAGCGCGCACGCACAAGCGCGGUGGCUCUGCACGAAGUGCGGCGGGGAGUACGACCGGGCGGGCAUCGAGUUCGCGCUGGUGCGGCUCGUGCACGAGCUCGAGCGGCGGUUCGCGCAGCAGGACCUGCGGUGCGCGCGGUGCAGCCAGGUGCGGGCGGACAACGUGUCGCGGCACUGCGGGUGCUCGGGCGCGUUCGUGCUCACGAUGAACAAGGCGGACGUCCGGAGGAGGCUGAGAACGGUCGUGAACGUCGCGCUCGCGCAUGGGAUGGGGAGGCUGAAGGAGUGUGCGCAGACGCUGCUCAACAGCUGGUGACCCGUGGAUGGUUCAUUCUGGAUGGUCGUACGGACGGUGCAUACUGUCAGAUAGACUCUAUCGUCUCCGCAAUGCUCUGCUGCUUUCGUAGCAUGUUUCCAAUGUUGUUACCCUGGAUCUCACGCAUGUUGUACUUGUACCCCGUUCACGAACUUUUACCUAAUGACGAUUCAUAGAAAAUUCUCCUUCUGUCGUUGUAGC